AUGUUCCAGCGGCUCUUGAGGCGCCACCGCCCACUGCUUCGCUCCUUCUCUACCCGUCAGCAGCGCAUUUCGGGUGGUCGUCAGUUGCUUGUCGAAGCCAUGAGAGAAGACGCCGCGUAUGUCGCAACAGCUGGAGCGUCCCGACUCUUUUCGGAAGUGCUCCAGCCAAGUCGACGGCAACAAGACAGUACGAAGUGGCAACAAGCGCAGGAGCUGAUGUCGUGGACGGACUUUUUUGCACUGUUUGAUCCUGAAAAGCCUUGGCGGGACGAUCCGAGAGCUCUGCGACUGCUGUCGUCGGCUUAUUCCUAUGUUUUGACACUAGGCAAGUGUCUGCCUGAGAUAAUAAUCAUCGACGAUGGAACGGCUGACUGUCGAGAGAAAAGAGUGGAGAUCCAUGUGAUUGGAGCACGGGCGGAAGCUAUGAUGCCGCGGUAUUUGUGGGACGAACUGAUUUUCUUUGAUCCUGGUCGAGUGUUCAACAUCAAGCUAGUGGGCGAUCAUGUGCCAGUGAUGUCAGCACGGAAGAAAAAGUUGAUAGAGAACGAGAGGAAGAACGAGCGUGUGCAGUUGGAAAUGGUCAAUGGACUGUAUCAUGAGCUCGAGUCAGGAUUGCUGGGUACGCCUGAUGCAUUUGUGCUGUACAAUCCGGGCAUCGGACACCCUCAAUUGCGUCAACGGUGGAAGCCAACUCUCGAGAUAGUGCUGACUUCGUGCAAGCCAGUGUUGAUCACGUCAUUUAGUCUCGAGGACCAGCAGCGCGACAUUGCUGCGUUGCACGAGUUGGUAGCGACUAGUCCGGUGCUAAAACAACAUGAAGUACAAUAUCGAUGCCGAGCGAAAGAGAACCCAUUCCGCAGCUUGAAGCACCAAAUUGAUCCUGCAAAUGUCGGCGCACCGAUCCAGACAAAUAAUCGCGUCAUGGUGGUGCAGCUCGUUCACACUAGCAAGGAGAAUCGCCGAUACUAUAAGAGAUGGUAA